GUCAUGGCUGUCAUACUUAUAAAGCUUAAAAUAAAGAAAAAGAAAAAAACAGGAGGACAAUUCAUCCUCAAGCUGUCUCUCACCUCCUCCUCCAUUGUUGAAUGCUCUGUUUUUCAAGGUAUAAAAGAGGGUAAGAAAUUCUGGAGGAGGAGAAAAUUCUGAAUCUAAGAUCCAUUUCACCUGAAUCCUUCUCCCUCCAAUACUAAUUCACACACCAAAUGGCCAUCUCUGAAAAUCCUUCCAAUUAUGGUACGCUUCCAGCUUCCACCCCACCACAAACCGCCGCUCAUUCCGCAAGAAAACCCCCUCGUCCACCGCUGCCACCGUUACCACGACCACCACCACCACUGCGGCCAUCGACGUUCACUAGAUCCGAGACGGCGACACGCCGUCCAUGGCGCGUGUUCUUCGACUACACCCUUAUCUCUCUUCCUUACAACUAUUCCGAAGCCAUGACCCGUGUGAAGAGGAACCUUAAUUACUUCCGUGUCAAUUACGCUAUGGUAAUCCUUGUCAUUCUAUUCCUCAGCCUUGUUUACCAUCCCAUCUCCAUGAUUGUCUUCUUGGCUAUUUCUGUAGCUUGGUUUUACUAUUUCCGUGAAGAACCAAUUGUAAUUUCGGGUACCCAAUUGGACGAUCGGCUUGUUUUGGUUGGGUUAGGGUUGGUUACUGUUGUUGCCUUGGCGCUUACUCAUGUGGGUCUCAAUGUUUUGGUUGCUUUGAUUGUUGGGUUUUUCGUUUUGGGCAUUCACGGGGCGUUAAGGGGAACUGAGGACUUGUUCUUGGAUGAGAAUGAGGCUGCUGAAGGUGGGUUGCUUUCGGUUGUCAGUGAGCAACAAAUCAGGCCAAAUUAUAGGUAGUGUAUUUUGAUUUAUUGCAGCUUCAAAUGUUAUGGGAAAUCUGAAAGAACAGUUUGUUAAUUGUUCUUGGAUUACAUUGGGCGAAAUGCGGGUCCUGGAGAUCUUUUUGUUGCUAAUUUGGCUUAUUUCUGGUGCUGAGUUUGGGUGUAGUUGUUGCAAAGUGUAACGUGUGAAGGAACAUUUCUAAUUUUAGAGCAGAUUUGUUGCUUGGAGGUGUCUGUAUGCGUAAAGAUCGUUAAAGGUGACUCUUUUUGCCUCAACCCUGUUUUCGAGUUUUAGUAGGAUAGGGGCUAUGAAUUGGGAUUGCUACCUGGUUUUGAUUAUGAUACAAAUGAGGGUCGAUCAAAGUGUUGCCAUUGUACUCGAUCAAAAAUUUGGCUAGUUUUUACUGAAUCUAUGUAUCCAUCAAAUAAUCUUUAGGUCUAAUUGUACAAUUUUUUAUUGCCUAUCCGAAAGAAAACAAGUUACAUUUCUUCAUUUAUUUGGCUCCAAG